CCUGAGGGCUGAGGCAGGUGCUACUCCGACAGGCACUACCUAUCCACAUCUCCAUCUCUCUCCUCUUUCCCUCACCUCCGUACCCUCCCCCAGUCACCACCGGCCGCCUGCCUCCUCCCCCCUCCGCCGGCCGGAUCAGGAAGGAUAGCUCCGCGCGCCGCCUCUGCCCUGCGGAUCCUACCAUGCUGAGACGCCCCGCCUUAUACCGACCCCGCAGGGCCACCACACCGCGCCACCCGAUCCCCGACGGCCACCCCUUCGUCGCCGUCUUCUCCUUCCUCUUCAUCCCCACCUAAGCUCCACGCGUCCGGCGCGUCCUGUCCCCCUGCCGCCGAGCUUUCCUGGUGGAGGAAUCGUCAGCUGUUCCUACGGGGUCGAUCCUCGAUCGAUCGAUCCCGGAGAUGAGCGAGGAUGCGCAGAGGUACGGCGGCGGCGGCGGCAGCGGCGGGGGCGGGAGCAGCGGCGGCAUCGGGGCGCUGUCCCUGGAUCUGCUCUGCCAGGUGCUCGACCGCGUGCAGGAGCGGCGGGACCGCAAGGCGUGCCGCCUCGUCAGCCGCGCCUUCGCGCGCGCCGAGGCCGCGCACCGCCGCGCGCUGCGGGUGCUCCGGCGGGAGCCGCUCCCUCGCCUGCUCCGCGCGUUCCCGGCGCUCGAGCUGCUCGACCUCUCCGCCUGCGCCUCGCUCGACGACGCGUCUCUCGCGGCCGCCGUGGCCGGCGCCGACCUCGGCGCCGUCCGCCAGGUCUGCCUCGCGCGGGCCAGCGGGGUCGGGUGGCGCGGCCUGGACGCCCUCGUCGCCGCCUGCCCCAGGCUGGAGGCAGUCGACCUGUCGCACUGCGUCGGCGCUGGGGACAGGGAGGCCGCGGCUCUGGCGGCGGCCGCUGGGCUGAGGGAGCUGAAUCUGGAGAAGUGCCUCGGCGUCACUGACAUGGGCCUCGCCAAGGUAGCUGUGGGCUGCCCCAAGCUUGAGAAGCUGAGCUUCAAGUGGUGCCGUGAGAUUUCCGACAUCGGUGUUGAUCUGCUCGUCAAGAAGUGCCGCGAGCUCCGCAACCUUGAUAUCUCCUACCUAGAGGUGAGCAAUGAGUCUCUUAGAUCAAUAUCGACUCUUGAAAAGCUAGAGGAGUUGUCGAUGGUUGGUUGCUUAUGUAUAGAUGACAAAGGCCUGGAAUUGCUAAGCAGAGGAAGUAAUUCACUGCAGAGUGUUGAUGUGUCAAGAUGUGAUCACGUGACUUCCGAAGGCUUAGCUUCACUCAUAGAUGGUCACAGUUUUCUCCAGAAGCUAAAUGCUGCUGAUAGUUUGCAUGAGAUUGGGCAGAAUUUUCUAUCCAAGCUAGCAACACUGAAGGAAACAUUGACAAUGUUGAGACUUGACGGCUUUGAAGUCUCAUCCUCUCUUCUUUUAGCGAUUGCUGAAGGCUGUAACAACUUGGUUGAGGUUGGACUUAGCAAAUGCAAUGGUGUUACAGAUGAAGGCAUCUCUUCGCUUGUAGCUCGGUGUGGCUACCUAAGGAAAAUUGAUCUCACAUGCUGUAAUCUACUCACUGACAAUGCCCUUGUUUCAAUAGCUGACAACUGUAAGAUGCUUGAAUGCCUCCUGUUGGAGUCCUGCUCUUCAUUAAGUGAGAAAGGACUAGAGAGAAUCGCUACCUGCUGCCCCAAUCUUAGUGAGAUAGAUCUUACUGACUGUGGAGUGAAUGAUGCAGCGCUGCAGCAUUUGGCUAAGUGCUCUGAACUGCUGAUAUUGAAGUUAGGCUUGUGCUCAAGUAUUUCUGACAAAGGCCUUGGUUUUAUUAGUUCGAAGUGUGUAAAACUCACAGAAGUUGACCUCUAUCGCUGCAACUCUAUUACCGACGAUGGGUUAGCAACUUUAGCAAAGGGCUGCAAAAAGAUUAAGAUGCUGAACCUGUGCUACUGCAACAAGAUUACUGAUGGUGGUUUGAGCCACCUGGGCUCUCUGGAGGAGCUUACAAACCUUGAGCUGAGGUGCCUGGUCCGCAUUACAGGUAUUGGAAUCUCGUCAGUUGCCAUUGGUUGCAAGAGCCUGGUAGAAAUUGACUUGAAGCGUUGCUAUUCUGUUGAUGAUUCUGGCUUGUGGGCUCUCGCACGAUAUGCCCUAAACCUUAGACAGCUUACCAUAUCAUACUGCCAAGUUACUGGCUUGGGAUUGUGCCACCUGCUGAGCUCCCUGAGGUGCCUCCAGGACGUGAAGAUGGUGCACCUCUCAUGGGUCUCCAUAGAAGGGUUUGAGAUGGCACUGAGAGCUGCUUGCGGCAGGCUGAAGAAGCUGAAGAUGCUUAGCAGUCUGAAGUCUGUGCUGUCCCCUGAGCUGCUCCAGCUGCUGCAGGCCUGUGGCUGCCGCAUCAGAUGGGUCAACAAGCCUCUCGUCUACAAGGAUGGCAUCUGAGCCUGAGGUUUGAGGAGUGUUAAGAUCUACAUAUCGUCAACAUCUGAACCUUAAGUUCCCAUGGCUUUAUAGCUAAUUCUUGAUAAUAAUCGCAUGGUUUGCCUGUUCUCAUCCCUGAGAUCAAGAUGGUGUUCGCGUUUUAUGAUGGUGGGUAAACCUGGCAUCUGAUGUGAAACAUACGAUAUGUAACACUGAAGCCUCUUAUGCUGCGCAACAUGGCAUCUGAUGCCGAACAUGUAAUAGGUACUCCGUACAACAGAGUGCUCAACAUGUGGAAGAUGGCAUAUCAAUGACCCAAAUUUGUGUAUAAUCCCAGGUGGAGAGUUGUUGUGUUUCCAUUGUUUUGUGAUGUAGCUCUGUUGAUUUUCAUCGGUCCAGGCAAUGGCACUAAAACUGGUGAUAUAUGAGUUGCACAGAUGAGGAAGAGUUGUUUUAUUUCCAU